AUGCGUGGUAUGGCGGGCGAUGUUGCGCUGGCUAUGUUCGGCGAAUCACAAGAAAUCGGCCGGCUUCAGGAGUUCGGCGGAGAAGAGACCGUGCGCGCCUUCGAUCGCGAGCAACAGAUGGAGAAGUCACUCUUCCCGUCUGGGUUUCAUCAAAACAUCAACUUCAUUAUCGAGGCACUUUCGAGUAGAAAAGCUGCCUUCUCGAGAACCAUGUUUUCUCGUGCUUCAUCCACUACCGCCUUUGCCAAAGCACUGCCCACCUUCAGACUCCAACCAACUUCCAACCGAUCCUUCCACGCUUCCGCCGCCAUCAUGGUUCAGACUUACUUCACCGUCGAGUGGACCGGCCGUCUUGUCACAAUCGACAAGGCCAACAACCGUGUUGUUGUGGAACCUGAGGAGAAGCUUCGCAAGAAGACCAUCAAGUUCAACCUGUUCGACAAGGACGUCCCAAAGACCGCUGAGAACUUCCGCCAACUCUGCACUGGCGAGAAGGGCGAGAACUUCGGCUACAAGGGCUCCAAGUUCCACCGUGUCAUCCCACAAUUCAUGCUUCAGGGUGGUGACUUCACUCGUGGUAACGGCACGGGCGGCAAGUCCAUCUACGGAGAGAAGUUCGCCGAUGAGAACUUCAAGCUCAGCCACACCAAGCCAUUCCUGCUGUCCAUGGCCAACGCCGGCCCAAACACGAACGGCUCGCAGUUCUUCAUCACCACCGUCGUGACUAGCUGGCUCGAUGGCCGUCACGUUGUCUUCGGCGAGGUUGUGCCAGGUGACGAGGAGUCCAUCCAGGCCAUCGCGUCUAUCGAAGACCGCGGCUCCAGCUCUGGUGCCCUCAAGGGAGGCCAGCCAGUCACCAUCGUCGACUGUGGUGAAUUGUAG